ACGCCCUUUUCGUAUUUUGGAAUUUGGCCCGUGUCUUUUGACCCUCGUGAGUUUACGUAGGUCCAGUACAGACAAACCCGACUACGUGCUUAAGUCGCUGUCAGUGAAGGUCGUAAGUGCACUCAAGGAUGUCUCUGCAAAAGCCACUCAUGCGAGGUCUCCUCGCCAAGAAACUGAAGUUCCACCUGCCCAUCGCUUUUGCUCUGUCUAUCGUCGUAGCAGCAGCAUUCAAGUACGGUGUCACAGAGCCAAGGAAACAGGCAUAUGCUGACUUCUACAAACAGUAUGACGCCAUCAAGGAGUUCACUGCAAUGAAGGAAGCAGGCAUAUUCGAAAGCUGCCGGCCUUCUGGCGAAUAAAUUCAUGUGCAGAUCCUCUGUCCAUUCCUUGUGUAAAUUUAUUUGGUGUUCUUACUGAACUUGGAACAUUUUUUGUGUUGGCAUGAAUAAAGCAGACAUGCUGUA